CCCAGAAAGAUGACUUUCUCCAGCCUGUACUAUCCAGAAUGCGGGGUGGCCCGACCAAGUCCAGUCACUGGCAGCGCCAACGAGCCGUGCGUUAGGCAGUGCCCUGACUCCGAAGUGGUGAUCAGCCCCUCACCGGUUGUCGUGACCCUCCCUGGACCAAUUCUCAGCAAUUUCCCUCAGCAGAGUGAAGUGGCAGCCGUAGGAGCACCUGUGGUUGGAGCUGGUUUGGGAGGCUCAUUUGGUUUGGGAGGAUUGUACGGCUAUGGAGGCCGUUAUGGAGGAUUGUAUGGUUUAGGGAGAUUAGGUGGAUAUGGGGGCCUUUAUGGUUAUGGGGGAUUAUUGGGCCAUGGAGGAUACUGCAGUUACCCGGGUCUUUAUGGUUAUGGAGGAUUAUUGGGCUAUGGGGGACACUGCGGUUACCCGGGCCUUUAUGGUUACGGAGGAUUAUGGGGAUAUGGGGGAUAUGGCCGUAGGUAUCUUGGUGGAUAUUGUGGGCCAUACUAAACCCAGCAGGAACAUCUGUGGAUGAAAGGAAAUGAACAGCCAGAUAUAGAUUCACCCCUGACCUUUUGGGCAUGGCUUUCAGAAGUGCUGGGCAAACAUGGCUCCAGCUGAACUCAGUGGGAGCUGUGUGUGCUCAGCACCUUGGGCUGAUAACCAUGCUGCCUUUCUAAUGUUACGCUUUGUGACUCUUUCUGCUAAUGCUUUCCCACCCGUGUGCUGAUUCUCUUUUUCACAUAUAGACUCAUUCUGAAUCACACGCAGGCUGUUUACACUGACCCUACAGUAUGAAGGAAACAGGGGUCUUAAGAUAGGCCUCAUUUACGUUUAUUAUCACUUAAGUCCCCUUAGAAUGGGAAAAAGAGAAUUAGGGUCUAUAUAUUUCCAUCAGUAUGUACCUUUAGUGCCUCACUUUGAUGUUUGCUGUGGGCAGAUGUCUAAUGGAGAAGCUGUGUAGUCCUCUGCUUCUAUUUUGUUUUGUGUCAUUUUCAACUGACUGGGGUAAAACGAAGAACUUACAAUGGUUACAAAGGGGACUUGUUUGUCAACCUCUGCAACUGCAACA